AUGGAUAGCCCAACAUUUGAACAAUCGCAAGCUACGAGACGGAAGAUCUCAAUCGUGUCUGUCUCCUCCGAGUCAUCUGUUGCAACGCACCCUUCAAUGGCCAGUCCAGCAGUCUUUCCGCCGCUUAAAUUGCGUUCGACACCCACGGGUAGUAACCAAAGUACCUUCACACCCUUAACUAUUUCUUCACAAAGUGAUGAAAGUAGUGAUGAAGCUGAACGUCGUAAUUCAACAGCUCUAACGAUCGUUGAACUCUUAGCUCGUGCCGGUACGAAUGGUACACACCAGCGAUCUCCACUACCUUCUUUACGACCACAGAGAGACCAUUCAACGGGGACUUCGCCAUUGCCGUCUCUACCAACGAUAAGAAUUCCCUCGGUUUGUGCUGAUCAGCGUUUUACUUUCCCAACGCGUAAUAUAGUGCAGAAGUACUCGAAUCCUUCACUUUCGACAAGUAAGAGUCCAUCGGAACGAUCGCCUGUAACACGGACUGUAUCGCUACUUCCUACUCAGUCAAUGCAAUCAAUGGCUCAAAGACCGCUCAAGAGAAGCCGUGGGAUUAGUGCUUCGGGAACAGUGAACAAUUCUCGUAAACGUCAAAAAGAUGAGCUGACACGACUUCGUGCACAGGUGCAAGAGCUUCAGCGUGAGUUAGAGCACUUGAGAUCACGAAUGCCUCAGAGUAAACAGCGACUCAUCUCCGCUAAAACAAAUGGUAGAAUCAAGACCGAAGGUACUGUUAUGUAUUCCUCAGGGGGGCUCGAGACUGCUGGAGAAUCAACAAGUGGACUACUAGUUUUUCCCGUGUGGGAGCGCAUGGCUCAGCAUCAGAAAGAAGAAAAGAGUAAAGCAGAGAUGAAAAACUUGCGUCUUAAAGGUUUAAUUCAAGAGCAAUUAAAGAUUUCAAAAGGACUGGAGAAACUCUUGCGAAAGCGAUGCAAAUCUUCGAUGAGUUCAGGCCCGGACAUCGAGACAUCAGCUGUUGUACUUGGAGUGAAGCAACCUCGUGCAAGUGAUGCUGAAGAAACGGCCGUAUUUGCCUCGUUAGCUUCGGGUUUAGAAGCGCGACUAGCAGAAAUGGAAACGGUAUUUCGAAAAGGUGGCUUCAUACGAGAUAAACAGGAACUGCAAGAAACACAAAUGAUCCUUGAUGAACGUCGUGGACCUGUAAUGGAGGUGAAAGAUGCCAAAAUCUUACCUUUUGAUAUUCAAUCAUGUGCUGCUGCAGUCUGGCAGUGCAUGGAAGCGGAGUCUGAAGCGACUGUAGUUGGGGGAUCAACUAGUGAUACUUUGUGCUUUAAAAGUCCGAUGCCUUUACGACAACAUCGUGGACCAGAUAGUGGAUUUAUUGUGCGAUGCGUAAUUCGACGUGUGGUUGAUCGAGAUACUGGUCGUGUUGUGUUUGUUUGGGAGUCAGUUGCUGAUUGUUCCAAUCGUAUACCCCACGGAAAUGCCAAGAGCGUUGAAAUUCGUGACUGUGGUUGGGGUCUACUUGAGCCACUCCAUAGCUCAACAGGAGAGCUUUCGAGUAUUUUACAGCUUUGUUCAUAUUUAAUGCCUAAACUCUGUGGCGUCUCGGCUGAGCAGAGUCGACAGCAUAUUCAUGGCCUUGCCGAGUUGGUUGCGCCAUGCUAUCGUCGACUUUGGAAUAAACGCCAACGAUGUGUUGAAAAUAUGCUCAUGAAUGGUGCUAUUGAUGCCAAGAAUAGAUAG